CGCUUCUAUGCUUCCGCGGCGAUGGACCUCUCCACCACUCCACCACAGCCCCUCAACAUCGGCGGGCAGCUGGCUUGCUUAACUCGUGGUGACUUUGCCUGCCGCGAUCAGAGAUCUGUGGAGACUUGGACCUUCAGAUUUCCUGCUAGCUGCCUUGCACUGCUCCCAUCCCAACCGCAGCACCCGCGCCACCAUGGAUCCGAGCUCCGAUAUCAUACUCGACACUCCGUACUUCCGCAUCUACAGCGACCGGCGCAUCGACCGCCUGGUCGGCACCGAUACCGUGCCGGCCGGCUUUGAUCCCACCACCGGCGUCACCUCCAAAGAUGUCGUCAUAGACAGCGACGCCGGCAUCUACGUUCGUCUGUACCUCCCGGACACGGCCACCGGGUCCGACGACUCCAAGAAGCUCCCGGUGCUAGUCUACUUCCACGGCGGCGGCUUUGUCGUCAACUCGGCAGCGUCUCCGCACUAUCAGCCCUUCCUCAGCACCCUGGCCGCGAAGGCCGGCCUGCUCGUCGUCUCCGUGAACUACCGCCUCGCGCCAGAGCACCCGCUGCCGGCAGGGUACGCGGACUCCUUCCGCGCGCUCAAGUGGGCGGUCUCUGGUGGUAGCGGGGACCCCUGGCUGUCACACCACGGCGACCUGGGCCGCGUCUUCCUGGCCGGCGACAGCGCCGGCGGGAACUUUGUCCACAACGUCGCUAUGAUGGCCGCCGCCGCGUCGGAGGUGCGAAUCGAGGGUGCGGUCCUCCUGCACCCCGGGUUCGGUGGCAGGGAGCGCAUCGACGGAGAGACGCCGGAGUCUGUGGAGCUGAUGGACAAGCUGUGGGGGAUCGUGUGCCCCGAGGCGACGGACGGCGCGGACGACCCGCGGGUGAAUCCGUUGGCCGCCGCGGCGCCGAGCCUGCGGAACCUGCCGUGCGAGAGGGUGCUCGUCUGCGCGGCGGAGCUGGACUUCCUGCGGGCGCGGAACAGGGCGUACUACGAGGCCCUCGUUGCGAGCGGGCGGGGCGGCACGGUGGAGUGGUUCGAGUCCAAGGGCAAGGAGCACGUCUUCUUCCUCCACAACCCCGGCUGCGGCGAGGCCGUGGAGCUCAUGGAUCGACUUGUCGCGUUCUUUGCUGGGAACUGAAAUUCGUCAUGUGUGGAUGUGACCAUGAGACGAAUAGAGCAGAAGAAGAUUGUUUCAAAGAUGCAGCUCAUUGCUGAAUCGAAUAAUUGAGCACGAAGCCUUGGACUGAUCAGUUUGUGCCAUCGCUUUGGGUCGGGUCUCUUUUUUCUCAUCGAGAAUAAUAUACUAGUAGGACCAAAAUUAUCUGGGUGAUGCUAUAUAAGUAUAUGUUAGCAUCCGAAACUAUCAACUUGUGUCGCCUCCUGUUGUGGGUGUUAUUAAAACUGCAUACUAUUGUUAUAAAUAUCUUCUCUGUUAAUACAUGUCCAAUAUUUUUUUUUA